AAAAAGGAAUAGUGAGUAAGAAACGAAUAUUUGAGUAAUAAGAUAGAAAAGAAAUAUAAGUUAAAUGGCUACGCUUGAUAUGCAACAAGAUAUUUUAAAUCAAGUAGUUGAAAACGAACAACAACAACAACAAGAGGAAAUUCAACUGACAGAAUUAUUACCGGUGAAACAAUCACGAAUCAGGGAGAAUGAAAUUUUUAAAGAUAUAGAUGAGAAUGUUGAUACGACCGAUGCUUUAAAGAUACUUCGAAGUUUCACCAUCGCCAACAAUUGUUGCAACGACGAUGAACAUAAGCUUUGUUCGGCCAAUUUAUCUUUUUGUAGAAAAAUCGAUCAAUAUGAGCGAGAAAAAUUACAAGACAAUUGCAAACAAUUGCUUGAAGAAGCAAACAAUAUACAAAAGAAGACUUGCGAAUAUGAUAAAAAAAAUAUAAUUAAUAAAACCGAGAUUGGAAAAGAAAAAGAGAAACGCAACGUUCAAAGAUUUGAGAACGAAUCAAAUAUAGGAAAAAGAAAACGCAAGCAAAUCGAUAAAAAAUCGAUGAUUAAAGAUGUAAUAAAAUUCCCAAAGAAAAGAGUAAUUAUCGAUGCAAUAAAAAAUAAUAAAAAACAAAAAAGUGAAGAAAAUGGCAACGCAAGGUCAAGGAAUCGGUUAAAAUUACGAGAAAAUUCAUAUCUCGAAAAUAAAAAAGGGAUUGACGAACAAAUAGAAUCAACGACUUAUUUAGAUCUUGACAAGAAUAAUCAUCAUUUAAAUGAUGAGAUUUAUGUGUUUCGUCGUGAGUUGAUAGACGAAGAACAGGAACCCAAUACAAACUUGAAAAACAUAGAAGGAAUGUACAAAAAUGUGAAUUAUACAAAUACUACCGAUGGAAUAUUAUUCGAUCGAAUAGCAAUUUCUAGCGAAAUAACGGAUAAAAAUAAUAUCGAUGAAGCCGCUAAACAACUUAUCGCCGUUACUAUUGAAGAAAAUGGCAUAUUUAAUGCAAAAGUAGCGAAUUCGAAAAUAUUGCUCGAGAAUUCAUCGAAAGAAACAAAGUUAAAUUUAUAUACAACGACGAUGAAUUAUCUUGUAGACAGUGAAAACAAUAAUACGAUGGAAUCAAGUCGAUUCAAAGUCGGAGAAGCUCAUACGAAUCCAUCGUAUGGAUCAGAUAUCUCUAAGAACGUAGUCGUUAUCGAAUCGUCAUCGUCGUCGUCGUCGUCGUCGUCGUCGUCGUCAUCGUCAUUGUCAUCCUCAUCGUCAUUAUCAUCGUCAUUGUUGUCAUCGUCGCUCUCAUAUUCAAAAAAAAAGAAUUUGAAUGAUAACGAGGAUAGGCGAGAUGAAGACGAAAAGAUCGAUAUCAAAGCUAAAGAAGAUAAUCAGCAAAAAAAAUAUUGUUGUGUAGUUUGCGAGGCGCGAUUCAAAGGUAGUGGAGGUCUUCGUAAUCAUUAUAAGAUCGUACAUGGAGCGGGACCUAUCUUUAAAUGUGACGAGUGUGGCAAAGAAUUCCCUUUGAAAGAAAGAUUGAAACUACACGUUAGAACACAUACCGGAUUCAAGCCGUAUAAAUGUCCAGAAUGCGACAAAAGUUUUGCCAGAGGAGGACAAUUGGUGCAGCAUCGGCGUACUCACAGUCAGGUGAAACCGUACCGUUGCGGUUUAUGUUCUGGCACGUUUACCUGUGCCGCGAAUUUGGCAUUGCACGUAAAGCGACACAAUGGUCAAAAAGAUCAUAAAUGUGAGAUUUGUGGUCGCGCGUUCGUUCGCCGAGACGCGCUCAAAAAACAUCUCGAAUGCCUUCAUAGAGAUGUAAAAUCUUUUCUCUGCGUGAUAUGUAACAAAACUUUCAAGGGCCAUCUACCUCAACACAUGAGAACGCAUGCGCGCGAUCGGCCACACGGUUGCGCUACGUGUGGUCAAAGAUUCGCUCAAAAAUCUCAAUUGACCGUCCAUCAAAGAACACACUCAGGACAAAGACCAUUCAGAUGUUUGGUUUGUUGGCAGGCAUUUGCACAUUCAACAGCUCUUAAACUUCAUACAAGAAGACAUACCGGUGAAAGGCCGUUUAAAUGUGCCGAAUGUAACGCCGGUUUCACACAACUACCCCACUGGAAGAAGCAUAUGAAAUGCAUCCACGGUCGAAAUGAGCCAUACGCUUGUAAAAAGUGUAAGAGUUUCUUUAGAAUCAAAAAUGAUUUGGAAUGUCACGAGAAAACCUGUCAUCCUGAAUCUAAAAGUGAACACGACGUUUCGAAUAAUCGAAUGGACUCGAUAACGGCAACGAUAAUACCGACAACAUCAGUUUCGAUGACCUUACAAUCGACAACGUCGUCCCUGCUCUCCAAUGAAAUAAUCACCGACAAAUCCUCCUCCCCUCCCUCCAAAUAUAAAAUAAUGUCUGUCGAGAGGAUGAGAUUGUUGCUCGCUGUACUUCUUAAGAGGAUUAGCAAACAAGAAAGAUUGGACGAAUUAGGAUUUGGCAAACGAUUAAUCGACGAGGUUCUUUAUGACUCUUUGUUAUCCGCUGGCAAAGAUCCGGUCGUGAGUAACGGUCUUUCGGAACUCGAAACUCUCACCAAGAAUCUCGAGAUAUUUCUCAAGUGGACCGUACCCAAAGAACAUUGGGAACAUUUUCGCAAAUUGAAUAAAACACCCGAAGAUAUCCUGGAAACACUUACCGCUACUUAAAUAAAAUUCCUAGUUAUUUCAAUAAUAUUUUAAUCAUAUAUGGUUAACGCUACUAAAUAUUUACCAAAGAUUAGAAGAUACAAAUAUACUUUAAACUUCUUGGAAAUUAUUUCAUCCUAAAUCGAGGCUUUUUAAAUCAAAGACUGUUCCCUCUUUUUACACUAUAUAAUUUUUCUAUAACUUUAUACGUAUAACGCACCGUUCGCGACUAUGUGAAUAAAAACAAGUUAGAGAUGAACGAAAAAAAAAAAAAGAAAAGAAAGAUUUGAACACGUGCAGAAUAAGAAUAUUCGUAGCACGUGUUCAUCGUCAAUCAAUAUAUUAUUUAGUAAUAAUAUUCGUUCGUAUUAUACAUUAUCUAAAUACCAAAAGUGUUAAUGAUUAUUUAUUAAAAUUAUUUCGAUUACAUAUAAAUAAUUUCAUUUAAUAUAAAAAUAAGUAUUUGCUAGUCCAAAGUGCAAACGCAACAUUCGUAAUAACAAUCGAAUAACUCAUUGAUCAUUUUGUGCGUGCACCGUUUUAAGUUAUUCAUUUCGUACUGGAAAAAAUAAAAUAUACGAUUGACUGAUAUAUAUUUUAACGAUAUUAAAGCUUAUUAUUAGUUAUUACGUUACAUAUAUGUUGUAAAAGUAAUAACGAGUUACACGUAAAACGAUAGAUAGAUUGAACGAAUAAAUUUGUUCCCAUCAUUUCUAUGUGAUAAGUUAAUUAUGCAUCGAGUGCCAUAUUGUUUGUAUAAAAAGUUCGUACAAACAAUUUAAAAACACAUUUAGAGUUUUAAACUUCUACGCAAAGUAUAAAGCGACAAUAUACACUGCGAAAUUUUCAUUAUGAGAGAAAGCGAGAGAGCAAGAGAGAAGGAAUGAAUGAGCGAGCGAGAAAGAAAGAGAGAUAU